AUGGAAGAAUGCAAGCGAGUUUCCAGGGAGGGUCAAAAUUUGAGAUUAGACCUGUCAGACAAGUUUCAAGAUGCAAUUAAGGAAGUAAGCAAAAAGCUGGAGGAGCAGAAGGAUGAAAGUAUAUAUCAGCUAAAAGAGAACGAAAUGUUGAAGACCAAGUUAAAACAGCUGGUCGAUCAGUACACUCUUUCCGAGCAGCAACAUGCACAGCAGCUCAAACAGAAAACUCUUGAACUUCAGCUUUCUGAUUUAAAGCUCCAGCAGCACGAAGAGAAGUUGAAGCAGGAAAAAUCUCAGAUGAAAUUGUAUGCUGAACAAGUGGCCCAACUCUUAGCAACUGAAAAGAACUUGAGGUUACAGUUAACAGCUGACGGUGAAAAAUUCCAGCAAUUUCAGGAAGCAUUAUUGAAAAGCAAUGAGGUUUUUGAAACAUUCAAGCAAGAAAUCGAGAAGAUGGCGAAAUCAAUAAAAGAACUCAAAAAGGAAAACAACUCAUUGAAGGGCAAAUGUGAGAAAACUGAUGUGACCAUUAUUGAACUUGCCAAUGAGCGUGAACUUUUGAAGAAACAACUGGAAAAAACAAGAAAACAGAAGGAAAAGCUCGAGUCAUUAUGUCGCUUCAUGAGUUUUGCAAUUAUUUUCUAUAUAUUUUGUUGCGGUGUGCUCCCCGGGCCAUCUUGUCUCCUGGUGGUGUUGGGGUGGGUGGUCCGACGGUGGGGGCUUUGGGUUGCCGGCAGUGGUGGACAACCGAUUGUUGUUGACCUGUUUGGUGUUGGGGGUCUCUUUGGUUGGAUCGGGUGUUUCCGGAGAAUCUUGAGAUCUCAACUGGAAAGAAGCCUCCCAUCGCCUAUCGCCGGCGAAGUAGUCCUCGUCCCGUGCCGCCAUAUUACCAAAAGGACGUAUCUCGAAUAUGGUGACGUUAAAGUCACUGUCACCGACAAACGAUUGAGGCGAUCGAGAGCGGGGCGCCCCGCAUGUGCCCCAACUGCGUCUACCGUUCAUUCCCCGACAACAGCCACUUCCUGCGUCUGGCGCGCGGUUUGUUUGCUUGCCAUGAAAAGCAGUACGUAG